GUACUUUCUCUCCUUGCAUAUAAGCAUCGUAACAUUUCCUGUGCACGUUCAGUUCUAUUUGUAACUACAAUCGUGGCCGAAAAGGGAAGUGUUCAAGAUAUUAUCGGAGACAUGUUUGGAAGAAAAGUGUCAUGGCUGUUGUGGUUCCUUCUCAUUGGCAGGACCUUUGAUCUAGGAACUGCUGCCAUUGAUGUGAAUUGUCAAAAUGAUACAACGGCAGCGAAUUCGGAUCAAGACAAGAAGAACUCUUCGGAUCUGACGAGCUCAGAAUCUUCGUAUAGUAACCUAUAUAAAUAUACUAUUCAAAAUCUCUUCCCCGUUACUUCGACGUUCAGCACAUUCUCGACGUCACCUACCGUACAUCAUGUUUUUCCUCUACCACGACGAAUGACCUGCGGUGAUACGUUCAAUGGACAAUGUCAGAGAAAUAGAUAUCGUAGUUUUGACGGCACUUGCAACAAUCUAUUCAAUCCUACGUGGGGUGCAGCCAAUACACGAUACGGACGUCUUCUUUUACCCAAUUAUGCGGACGGAAUCCAAGCACCAACAAGGUCAGUUACAGGAAACGAAUUACCUCUAUCACGGUUGGUCAGUUUUACACUCUUUCCUAGUGUCGCUAUCAAGGAUAAUAAGUUAACAUUGGCUGCUAUGCAAUGGGGUCAGAUUAUAACUCACGAUAUGGCCUUGAUCGCUGGAACUACGCAAUCAAAUCCUCAUAGUACUCAAUGCUGCACGUCAGAUGGUCAUUUAUUGCAUCCACUAGUAAGUGAUUCCAAGUGCUACCCCAUCGUUAUACCUAACAAUGAUCCAGAUUACAACAAAUCCAACAUACAAUGUGUAAACUUCGUUCGUAGCAUUACUGAUCUUGACCGUGGUUGCAAGCUAAGAUACAGUCCUGCUGCGGAACAGUUAACAACCGUUACACAUUAUCUGGAUCUUUCAAUCGUUUAUGGAUCAAACGAUCAAGUUGCGAACAAUUUACGUGCCAAUAUUGCUGGACGGAUGCGCGUAGAUAUUCGUAGUAAUAGGGAAUGGCCACCAGCUGCGACAAACAAGUCAAAUACUUGUAAUCUCUCUAGUCCGGAUGAAGUUUGUUAUCUAUCUGGUGAUUCUCGUGUAAAUCAAAAUACCCAACUAACAGUAUUGCAGAUUUUGUUACUCAGAGAACACAAUCGUAUAGCUAGUAUACUGGCAAAUUUGAAUCCACAUUGGUCAGACGAAACAAUUUAUCAGGAAACUAGGCGCAUUGUUAUUGCGGAACAUCAACAUAUAUCAUAUUACGAAUGGCUACCAUUAUUUCUUGGUGUCAAGCAGACGUACGAUAAUAAUAUUCUUUACAAGACCAAGGGUCAUGUAAACGAUUACGAUUUUCGUGUUGAUCCAAGUGUUCUUAAUGAGCAUUCCACUGCUGCAUUCAGAUAUUUCCAUUCUCUUAUUGCAGGCUAUCUCCAAUUGAUAAAUGAGGAAAGACAAUCAGUUCCAUUCCCAUUAAGACUCAGUGAUUAUUUGAAUAAACCCAGCAUUAUUGAAAAAAAUGAUAACAUGGAUGAACUUACCAGAGGUUUAUCUUAUCAAGCACAAUUGGCCAGUGAUCAAUUUUUUGACAAAGAAAUAACAUUAUACUUGUUCAAAGGUAAUAAACCAUUAGGCGAAGACUUACGUGCCAUAGAUAUACAUAGAAAUCGUGAUCAUGGACUCGCAUCAUAUAACGAUUUUCGAGAAUAUUUUAAUCUAGGAAGAGCCAAAGAUUGGAACGAUUUUAGCGACUAUAUAUCUCAUGAUAAUAUUCAAAAAUUGGCGAGUCUCUAUGCUCAUCCUGAUGACGUAGAUUUGACUGUUGGGGGAUCUUUGGAAACACACGUACCAGGAACUCUUUCUGGUCCUACUUUCCUUCGUAUUCUUAUCGAACAAUUCUAUCGAACGCGAGUCGGCGACAGAUACUGGUACGAAACUGGCGAUCCUGAUGUGGCAUUUACCAAAGAACAAUUAGAAGAAAUACGAAAGGCUAGUAUAUCGAAACUACUUUGUAACAAUGGUGAUAAUAUUCGAUUAAUGCAACCCAAAGGAUUCGAACUUGUCUCCGACUCAAAUCCAAUUGUUAAAUGCACAGAUCUUCCGGACAUAGAUUUAUCACUAUGGAAAGAUCAUGGACCUAAAAAGAAGAGUAUUUAUGAAUCCAUUUUCGAUUAUUAUAGAAAAUUAAAGAAUGACAUAAUAGUAUAUUUUAAGUAAAAACACCUUCACCAAAUGGUCAAAUUUUUCUUUUUAUUAAUUGUUAAAGUUCUAUUAUAGGUAUUGUUAAAUAAAUUUGUAUAUAAAAAAACUUACAUAAAAAUAUAUACAUAUAUUGUAUAAAACUCCUAAAAUAAAUUUACUGGCACCUGCAUGUUCGAAAAAAGACAAUAUAUAAAAAAAUAUAUGCGAUAUCUUAAUUAUUCUAGAUAAAAAUUAUCUACGUCUCUAACAAUAAUAAUUCUUUCAAAAUUUACAUAAUAGUCAUGAAUAUGCAAAAAGAAAUAUAAAAGGGAAAUAGUUACUAUAUUAUUACAGUAAACUUUGUUGCAGUAAGAAUCAGGUAGCAUCAAACUUUAACAAAAAUAAAAAUUUAUAUUUUCAAAUUAAAUAAUUAGAUAUACAAUAUAUAACUCUAAUAGAGAAGGUUAUAAUAAAUGUGGCAAAUUUGUAUUUGUAACUUGAUAUAUUCAUAAAAGAAAUGGACAAAACGAAAGUAAACAAACAAUAUUGAAUGACAACGCAUAUUUUUACAAUAAUAGGUAUUCCACUGGAUACUUUAAAAAGUUCUUAAAGCGAUCUAAACACGAAACGGUUCUCAUUGACAGCAUUAAAAAGGAAUACACGUAAUUUACCGAAUUCGAAGCGCGAUUUUUGUGAAACGAAAUAGCAACAUGAAAGAACAGAAAUAUAAACUUUUUGCAAUUAUUUUAUCCUGCAUACUCUGCAUUAAUACAUGUGCUGGUGCCAGUAUCAAUGGAAUAAACUCGAAUGAGAGCGUCGCUAUUCGUCAAGAUAAUCUCAUAAUUCAGGAUAUAUUAAGAAUAGUAUCACUAUUAUAUAAUAUUCCACUAAUAGGCUCUCUAUUGGCUAGUAUACCUGCACUAUUCAUCAAUUACAUUGCUAGGUUCGAAAACUUGACAAAUAAUUUCCUGGACAAAAUUCUGCGCAAUUCCUUACCAUGUACGAUAACGGUCAACGAUAUUGUGUGCGAAGGGAUAUCAAAAAAUGGCGGUUUAAUAUCAAUUAU